UCCUGCUGAUCAAACAGACAAUGAACUAAACUUGCAGAUAAAAGAUAAACUUGCAAUUUCAUCCCCCAAAAUUUGUUCGGCAACCAUCAGCUUUUUUUUCUUCACCAGCAAAACUAACUGUGGUAACAUGUCAGUUACAGGCAUGUGCCGUACUAUCCAUUUUACAUUUUUUGCUCAUCCUUGAUAAACAUCAUCCUCAUAAGUUAAAGGAAAAAUUCAUCAAAGUGACAGAUCAGCCUGCUCCUCCUCUCCAGGUCAAGUUGGACAUUCAAAAGAACAUCCCUUGUCUCACCACCAUCUUGGCCUCCAUAGCAACCCCCGUCCUUGUCCCCCACACACACACACACACACACAUGCACACACACACACCGCUUCUUAAGCAGGCUUUCCGUUCUAUCCUUAGCCUUGUCCCCUCGCUCCUCCGCCCCUCCCUCCUCGGUGGCACCUGAUUACCGACUGCCAUUUUACCCUGAGAGCCGUGGAGCCGGGGGCUCUGCUGUAGCUACAGCUCAUCUCGGGCUGCAGAGAAGAUCUCACACACACACACACUCACACACAUGCAGUGACCCUGCUCGGAUAUAGAACCAGCUCCCCUCCAGCCUUGUCACGUCUCCUUGGACCAUGUUCCCUAAAUAUGUGUGUGUGAGAACGCAGCAUGUAUUCGGUCCAGGCGGGGAUGUGGGACCCCCGGCCCCCGUGUAAACAUGCCUCCCCCCUCCCCUCACCGCCACCCUCCAACUCACGCCCCGCCCAUGUGACCACAGCCACGCCGGCAAAGCGGAUCACCUUCUACAAAAGCGGCGACAGCCAGUUCGGGGGCGUCAGGAUGGCGAUACACAAGCGCAGCUUCAAAUGUUUCGACGCCCUGCUGGACGACCUUUCCCAAAAGGUGCCCCUUCCGUUUGGUGUGCGGACUGUGACCACCCCCCGCGGCACCAACACCAUCAGACACCUCGAGCAGCUCCAGGAUGGCGGCUGCUACCUGUGCUCUGACCGGCGCCACGCCAAGCCAAUCAACAUGGAACUGGCCAGCAAAGGCCCAAGCAUCUGGUACCAUCACCACCGCAGACCCCACCGGCCCGAAACCUCGUCUGCGACGCCACCGAGCCACGUACCUUACAGGCAGCGGCGAAUCCUGCUGGUGAAGAACAGCGAGCCGGGCAUGAGGAGGAGCGUGGUGCUGAGCAGGAGGUCGACCAGGAGCCUGAGGGCCUUUCUGGAUGAAGUGUCGGAGGUGAUGCAGUUUCAUGUUCGCAAGCUCUACACUGCAGAGGGACGCAAGAUUGACAGCGUGCAGAGCCUGAUGACUUGCCCCGGUGUGUUGGUGUGUGUCGGCCGGGAGGCGUUCAGUCCAAUGCUGGUUAACUUCAUCAAGAAGAGCUCAGAGGAAAAACUGCCCGGUCUGGACAGCAGGUCGCCCGCUCUUGGUCCCAGGACUCCUGGAAACGGUGCCCGAUCUCCUGCUACUCAAGGGGCGAGAUCUCCGCCUCACGGAGCUCAGUCCAGAGCCAGCGAGUACAGCGACGUGCAUGAGAGCAAGAAAAAUGUGAACUUUGGUCUGGAAACCAAAAAGAGCAUCAUCCAUCCGCGUUCUGACUCAAACCGCUCCACCCAUUUCUCUGUGUCUUCAGAGAAAUCAUACGGCGGUCACGGUGUCAGUUCCUACUCCCAGGCCAGACCGGCUAUCAUGAAUGAUGACAUUGAAAAGCGUGUGCUUGUCAAUAAAGACGGCAGCCUCUCAGUGGAGAUGAGAGUGCGUUUUCGUCUCCACAACGACGAGACCAUACAAUGGUCCACAGAGAUUAAAAAAUCCCCAUCUCUGACCAAUGACUGUUGCCCGUUGAGCCAGGGCCAGACCCAGUACCUGCACAAGGGCCAAUCAGAGAGCUGCUCUGAUCCUGACUCCAUGUCAUUCGACCCGGAGGGAGUGGAUUAUUCCAGCCAAGCUUUGCAGCGAGCUCUGGAAGCAAACCACUGCCCUUGUUGUCACCAGCGACAGGAGCAGCAGUACGACCUGUGGGAAAAUCCAGCACACAGCCGCAAAAGGCCUCUCAUCCCACCCCGGCCUCCACAUGCUGCUAGCCACACCCACACUAUAAUGAGACAUACAAACUCCUCUAGCUCCUCUUCAUCGUGUAAUUCCAGGAGAGUGGUGCACUGCCGAGCGCAGCUCUCCGGCUGUGGAAGAGGGUCAGGCUCGGAGCAGAGCCAGCUGAUCCAGGAGGAGAUGUGUGUGACGGAGCAGGUUGAACGCAGAGUGGAGGUGGAGCAGGUCGGAGACACCCAUGUGGAGGUGUGCAGGAUGAGCCGCUGCUGCAGCCGCAGCGAAGUAGUGGCCAUGGAUAGCAACUUACGACCGCUCAGCAGCAAGUCCGUCGAGGAUGAGCUGAUGGAGGAAGAGGCGGAGAGCCCGCUGUCUACGGUCAGCAGCUCCUCACAUGUCCUGCAGUCACUGAAAGAGGACCAGGAUGAUGAGGAUGAUGACCUGCCACCCAGCGUGUCACAGUGCUCUCAUAGCAAUGACAAGCCAUCAAGCAAAAUCUCUGCAGUUUCCGUCCACUCUUUGGGACACAAAAAGAACAGGGACGGUGAAGAGCGAUCCAGCAGGGCCGUAUCUGUAGCUACUUCCUGUCACUGUGGAGCAGUCACGCCACGCUCAACAGCUGAAGCAGAGGAGACGGAUAGGGCUCCCACCGCCAAGUCCAAAAUGAGCAGAGCCUCUUGCAGGUCCGGCAAAGACCAGAUCCUAAAAUUAGAGGGAGAGGCCGCAGCAGAUAAUGAGGAUGAAGAAGUAAAUAGGGUUGUUAGUGGCUUGUCUGGUCACACGGGACUUUCAGCAGGCUCUCAGAAAUCAGGGCUAUCGAGUGUGUGCCCUAACUGUAGGGGCUGCAAACGUGGGGUCACAUCUGAUUCCAACGGGACAGCAUCACGUAGGUCUCAUCAUUCCCACCAAGUCGCUUCGAACCCUGUUUCACCUCUCGCCGAGCAGGAGAAUGACACUUAUGACGAUGGCUCGGACGACUCAGCUAUGUCAACGCAAUCCAACAAGACCAACCUCACCAGCCACGGGAGCUUCUCUGCAGUAUCACAUGUCUUGGAGGACACAUCGAGUGUCAUGUCCAGAACAUCCAAUCCUGCAGCAGCAGUACAAGAGGAAGAGAGGGCUCCGAGUGGCAUCUCUGCAACAAGCCGCAGGUCCAAUAGGUCACACAAGUCUUGCAGUAAUGGUGCCGCUGCUGUCGCAGCUGACAAAGAGGAGGAGAGGAGCCCCAGCGCCACAUCCGCUCAGUCCAACUUGUCUGCCAUGUCCAGAAGGUCUGGAACAAGAGAGGAAGCAGAGGGAAAGAAUGCAAUAGAGAGAGCUAUCAGCUCCUUGUCAGCCAAAUCUGGUGUUUCGGCAAAGACCAGUACUUCAGUCAAAUCUCACAAGUCCAACUGUCCAUUAAGUCCUAAAGUUGCGUCCCCAACUAACAAUACAGCUGUGGAAGAUGAUGGGACAAACAACAUAACUCCCAGUAGACUUUCUGGAAGACCAGAUAGUGCCCUGUCAGCUAAAUCGAAUAAAUCAAGUGUUUCGGCAAAGACCAGUACUUCUCAUAGGUCCACUUGCAGUCACUGUACAAAUGCAAAAUCUCCGGGUGCUAAGGGAGUUGAUGAAGAAGGAACAGAGGUGGAAAUGAGGGCAGCGAGUGCCAUGUCAGCCAAGUCUGAGAAUUCCCAUAGGUCCACCAAAGCUUCUGAGAGGUCAGAAGCUGAGGGAGAUGGAGAAGAAAGGGCAUCAAGUCAAAUAUCUGCCAGAUCAGACAUAUCAAACACAUCUGACAAGUCAUGCAAGUCCAACUGUAAUGGCAACACAGGAACUGCCAGUGUUUUAUCUUUUAAAUCAGCUUCUUCUGCAAAGUCUCAACAUACAAAGAAAUCAGACUGCGCUGCAGCAUCUGCAAACAGAGAGGAGAAGCAAAAUGAAGGUCAAGAGCGGAUUGCUAGUGCCAUGUCUGUCAAGUCAAAAUCUUCAGUGAGGUCCAGUAGCAAGAAUCUCAAAUCAGUGUCACCGAGUCCAAACGCUGUGAUCAUUAACACACCGGAAGGGGUUGAUGAAGAGGGGAAUGAGACGACAGAGAGAGCCCCAAGCACUGCAUCUGCUAAAUCAGGAAAAACUAAAAGUACAUCCAACCACAAUGGAACAGCCAAUAUUGAUGUUAUUGAAGCAACAGAUACUGAUGAAAAGGAAGUGAAAUCACCUGAACACUCUCUCGGCCAAAAGCUUUCAACCCAGAGAACUCGUUCCUCAAGGAUCCACUCCCCCAGAGGGCCCAGUGCCUUGUCAGUUCACUCUGCAACCUCUGCUAAAUCCGGCAGGUCCAAAUGUCACUCUGGAGCAGCUUCAGCCAUCGAGAAUGUGAAGAAGGAAAAGGAAGGGGAGGAUAAGGACCUGGAGAAAGAGGAAGAUAGUGAGGAGCUUAAAGGUGAGGAGGCGUCUGAGAAGGCUGCGAGCAUUUUAUCAUCCUCUUCCAAAAGACAGAGGAGGGAAUCAGGAGGCACUGAGCAACCGCUGAGUCGAUGCUCAUCGGGGUCAGUGUCUCUUGGUUUACCAGAAGACCAAGAAACAGCUGACUCAGACAGUGGUAAGUCCAGUUUUUCGUUUCACACAAACAACGAGAGUAAGGGCCGGAUGAAAACAGCAUCCAAUGUCCCCAAAAGCCCACGGAGGUCUGCUGCGAAGGAGGAUGUGGAAGGAACAGGGGCCAACUAUAAUGGCAAUAAAAGCCGUAUGUCUCACGGUGUCCCAGCAGUCGAUAUCCCCACUAUUGAAACUCCAGGAGGGGGUGGAGGUGGAGAUGAAGAAGGUGAAGAGCAGGAAACAGAAAGAGCAGCCAGCGCACUCACCGCCAAAAGCGGCCGGUCUCGCAAGUCCUCCUGUAACUGUAGUGUCAAAGCAGCAGCCAAUAGGCCUGACAGGAAGUCUAAAGAGCAGCAACAUGCUAAUGCAAGCCCAGCAGGAAAUGACCUUCAAUCAGAAAGUGUGAUGUCUGCUUCAACGACAAAAGCUAGCAACCCGGAUGCCCCCAGCAGACCAGCUAGUGAGGUCAACGGGAAAGAGGACAUUGCAGACGACAGGACGACCAGUGUUCACUCCAAGAGUCCAUGUUGCCUCAGGCCUGAAACUGCAGUUUCAGCUCAAUCGGGGUCAAAAACAAAAGCCUCGAAGCAAAGUAAAGGAGCAGAUUCUGUCGUAUCGGACAGUUUGAAUCCAGUCAAAGCUCACAAGGCCGAAUCUAAGGCAGGAAGCGAGAGAGGCAAUGUGGAAAAGAAAGAAACACUUCUAAAACCCUCUAGCCCCGGUCCCUUACAGAGCUCCAGACCAUGCAGCAGAGUGGAAACCUGUAGUGAAAGUAUCCUGUCUCAAUCUCUUUCCGCUGCUGACCUGCUGAAGGAAGUCAUGACCACAUGUCCGCAGUCGAAGGCCAGCAGAGCCAGCAACAAAACGGGGAGUGAGAAAAGUGCAAGAUGUCAGAGAGUAAGGAACCCGAAGGAUCCAAAGGAGAAGCGAGAACUAACACCUGCCUUUCUUCCCAAUGCCUCUCCGAUCGAGGUGGUUAACGACUGGCUGCGGAGCAUUCCUGCGAACAGCAGCUUGCUGGCGCUUGGCGACGAGCUGGAAGAGGUCGAGCUGGAGAAGGAGGUGGAAGAGAAAGCUGGAGAAGAGGCAGCAACGGAGACGAGUGCUGCAGAUGACAAAGUGGACGAGGAGCAGAAACCUGAGGCCGAAGAGGGAGAAGCGCAAUGUGACAUCACCGAGGGGGAGAGGAGUUCUGAUCCAGCUCCAGGUGAUGCGAUGGGGAUUUCUUGCCCUGACACUGUCUUGAGGGAUGAGUCUCUGCCCAGGAACUGGCAAUCCUCCACGGCCGUGAUGAAGGUUCUUCUGAGUUCUUCUCUGGGCCGAUGCCGAAGCAUGCCAGAGGUGUCUCCAGUUUAUGGUCGUAGACUGAGCACAUCCGCCCAAGGGUUCUUGGACUGUCUGGCCCAGCUCCAGCUCAUUGAGCCUGCGGUGAGUCCAGGUUGUGACCAACAGAAAACCCCCAACCAGCAGUAUGAAGACAUCAUGACCAUUCUUCAGUCCCUCUGGCUCACUGAACCCAGCGACAUUCAGGCCAAGAAGGUGAAGGACAUUGGCACGGAGCAGGUGACACCACCAAGGUCCUCGUCUGGGGUGGACAUGAGCAGUGGCUCUGCCGGGUCAGGAAAGGAGAAUGGAAUUCAAGGUGGAGAUAAGACGUCUCCAAAAGAGACAGAAUCUUUACAUGAGGAUGAUGGAAUGGAGAAAGUUGUAGAGGAGAGUGAGGAAAUAAAUACAGAGGCAGGAGAUAAGGAAGCUGAGGCAGAGCCCGAGGGGUCAUCCACAGAGCAAGCAACGCCGGUCGUAGCAGAGGAGCAGGUGCAGAGUGAAGAACAAAGUACAGUUCCUCCGAGUCUGGACAGCCCCAAAGCCACGGAGAACCCCUCCUCCUCAGACAAGAGCUCUGGCAACAACAGCUCCCCCACUGACAAUGAGCAGGACACAGUGGAGGACACCAGCUCAGGCACAACCUCGACGGUCCUGCGAGCACCCUUGUCCAAAAAACAAUCCCGAGAGCCGGACCCAGUUUGGGUCCUCCACCUUCUGAAGAAAGUGGAGAAGCAGUUUAUAAACCACUACAUUAACGCCAUGGCAGAGUUUAAAGUUCGCUGGGACCUGGACGACAGCCUCAUCCUGGACACGAUGAUCACUGAGCUCAGGGACGAGGUGAGUCGGCGCAUCGAGAGCAGCGUCGAACGUGAGAUAAAGAAGAUUCAGAGUCGAGCCGGCAGAGGGGGAAGGUCACCGCGGCCGCCCCGAGGAGGGAACCUCUCGCGGGAGUCCACCAUGACAGAGAAGAGGCGUCAAAUUUUAAAGGUCAUGAAGAACCAAUCCGUGAAAACCGCUGACUCGCUCAGUGAUGGAGAGAUGACGGCCGAGUUCAGUGACCAGCGAAGCGAAGAUGACUACUGCCCCUGCGAUGCAUGCGUCCGCAAGAAGAUGGCCGCCCGGCCUCUCAAAGAAAACCCAAAUGCGGCAGAAGCACCGGUGAUGAUGGAGUUUGACCUCCUUAAGAUACUUCAGCUAAAGAAAGGCCCGCCCGCACCUGCUGCCGCGCCCCAAACUGUGGACGUGGAAAGCGAGAGAGCGUCCACAGAGGAGGGGAGGAAUUUGGAGGUAGUGUGUGAGGAAGAGGAGGAAGAGGAGGAGACCAAAGAGGAUUUUAAAGCUGAGGUUGUUUUAGAGGAGAUGAUCCCAGAGGAGGACGAGGAGAUAGGACAAGAUGAGGAGGAGGAGAAAGGAACCGAAAGGGAGGAAAAUAGUGGAGAAGAUGAGGAGCAGGAAGAGGCACAGACAGGGGCUGAGGAAACAGGAGAAGAGGAGGAGGCAUCAGUAAAUGGAGAGGAGGAGGAGGAGGAGGAGGAAGAAUGCCAAUGUCAAUCUGCCAGAAACGAGGAGGAAACUAGCGACAACACAGGUGAAGAUGAGACAGCAGAUGAUGAAGAGAAAGGAAAGGAGGAGGAGGAGGAGGAGGAAGAAGAGGGGGAGAAUGUAGAGGAUGAAGAAAAUAUAGAAGGAGAUGAGGCAGGGGACACUGAGGACGUGACAGGAACUGAGGAGGAGGAGGGGAAUGACGAGGAGACAGUGAAAGAGGCGGCAGCAGGUGACGGAGAGACCACUGAAAACAAUGAGGAAGAGGAGGAGACGACGACAGGCAGGGAAAGUGGACAAGAAGAGGAGACGGAGGACAAUGCCGUGAAUGAAGAGGACGGGGCUGACGACACGGGAGAGGAGGAGUCACGUGAUGGGACAACGGGAGGAGAAAGUGAGGAGCAGGAAAUGGCCUCGACACAGGACCAGGGCGUGACUGAGGGCGAGGACGCCGAUGCUGAAGACUCAGACACAGACAAGAGAAGUCCAGGUGACACCAGCGCGGAGGAGUUCGGACGCGAGGGUGCUAUAACCACGGGAGACGGGGACGAGGAGGAGGAGGCUGUGGAGGAGAUCGAGCCUGAGGAAGAGGAGGAGGAGGUGAACGGCAACACAAAGGAGGACAGUGUCCUCCUCCAUCAGUUCACCAGGACCUCUGUGGAGUCCCAGCCCGGCUCCUUGGAGGACGUUCACCCCGAUUCCCCGUCGCUUUCUGUCAGCACCAUGGAAGUGCCCAAAAUGGCGGAGGAUGUUUCCACUGGCGGUGGCACGAGACAGAUAAGGAGCCGGUCGCCAGCCAGGAUCAAACGUCGCAAACCCAAAGAGAGCGACGUCGAGGUGGAUAACUUUUAACUCCCCAUAAAACAACAUUAAAGUGUGAAUCCACAACCUUUCAAAAGGGUCCAAGACUCCCAGAAACCCCCGCUCCGUCCACACACGGAGAUAAUUAUGUAGCGCAGGUUAAAAAACUGUAACGGAAAACAAAGACUGGAACACUUGAAGCACUUUAUCACUCCGGAUCCAGAGUAGGAGUCAUGGUGAUUUUCAUGUAGAAACCACCACCUUAUCUUAUUUAAUCAUACGAGUUAUAUCUGUGAUUGUUAUUUGCUAAUAUUUGGAAGUUAAUUGUAUGUUUUCACUGUAAAAAAAAGGAUUAUUUUUGAAACAAAAAAACACAUUUGUGACACCUUUGGGUGAUUAAUAUGUGACCACAGGUUUAAUGAUGUAUUGAAUCAUAUAGCCAAUAAUAAACCCAAGUACCUCAGACAUAUGUUAGAUGUUAAAUGAUUAUGUCAGUAGUGUUUGACAGAACCCUUCUUGGUCGUGUAUCGGUCCAAUUUUAUUUUUGUCUCGUCUUUUCUCAGGGGGUCUCUGUGUAAACGUGCUCAAGCUUUCUAAUGUAAUCUGAUUACAUUGAAGGAAUUUUGGUAGCAUGUUUUCUUUUUUUCAAAGUUAAAGCGACAACAUUGUUAAUUCAGAUGGCAUAAGGCUCAGAACAGCGAGCCUGGCUAGCCUCCUGACACUUCUAAAGCUAAUUAACAUGCUCAACGUUCUUCGUUUAAUCUAUUUUAAGAAGACGUAAAGUUAGAAAGGACACGUUGCCGGAUUAUGUGCUAUAUAUUUUAACUUUUAAAGGUUCGCUGGCACUUGUUUCUAGCCUACAUGCUAUCUUAUUAUCUGACUUUCAGCAGGUACUUUUUUGAAUAAUUAAUUGUCUAGUAAAAAUAUAUUGCUGUAAUUCAGCAUCUUUAUCAUAUUAUCUUGGAUUGUUGAUGCGUUCCCUCCGUCAUAGAUGCUUUUCCAGCAACUGUACCUCAUGACAUAUACGUAGACAAAUUACUGUGAUACUGUGUUUAUUCCACAGUAUCUAUUUACCCUGGGAAUGUAGAGAUUGCACAACGUGACACAGAGCACCUCUUUGUGUCUGAUGCGGACGGCACUUCUGAAUUCAGUUUGAUGUAAACAUGCUGCAGAUUCCGAUGGGGUUGGUACAACCAGCCGUGUGGAACGACAGCGUGAAGCGUGUUACUGAGGCCUUACUGUAUCCAUGGUUAUACGAGGGUAGAUUGACAGACACCGAGGGGGGAGAUCACGGUUAAUUGGUUAUCUUUUGUUCCCUGACGUCUUCUCUCUCAGUUAGUCGCAGCAGAAACUGAGAGCCUGUAAAAGACACCGCAAUGGAUCAAAACUGCUCUUUAAAAAAAGCUGGAAAACAGAUUUCUGUAAGACCCAUGAGAAUUUCUUAACCCCAGCUGCACAUCUGGAGCAGAGAUAUUCCGAAAACUGUCACUGUGUGAACAAGGUAACACAUGUUUAUCUCUUAUUGUUGAGUUGGAUGAAAGCCUCCAAUCUGGGGUACAGAGAGGGUGUGUGUAUGUGUGUGUGUGUGUGUGUGUGGGUGUGUGUGUGUGUGUAUGUAUGUGUGUGCGCCUAUGCUGCUAUUGGUCCGUUUGACUGUCCAUCACUCUGUGACAUCACCAGGUGAACAUUGUGUACCUCGAGAAAAUAAACGAAUGUAAUAAAGUUUGAAAUCAAUAAAAAUA